CUCCCCGGCCCCCUCCCUUCCCAUCCCACCUUGCUCCCGCGGUCCGAUUUUCACGUUUUGAUUGGCCUCGCGCCCCGGGGCCGGGCAACCGCGAGCUCACGUGACUGUGCGCAAGCGCGGUGAGAACCGGUGCGGACCCGCUGCUGCUGGAAGUUGAGCACGAUGCAAAGAGAACAGAGUCCUUCUGCUUGCCUCAUCGAUAGAACCAUAAGGAUGAGGAAAGAGACAGAAGAUAGAAAAGUGGUUUUAGCUUGGGGACUCCUAAAUGUUUCUGUGGCCGGCAUGAUAUAUACAGAAAUGACUGGGAAAUUAUUAAGUUCCUACUAUAAUGUUACAUACUGGCCCCUUUGGUAUAUUGAGCUUGUACUUGCAUCUGUCUUCAGCCUGAAUGCUUUAUUUGAUUUCUGGAGGUAUUUCAAAUAUACUGUAGCACCUACAAAUCUGGUCAUCAGUCCUGGACAGCAAACACUUUUAGGAUUGAAAACAACUGUUGUGCAAACCACUCCUCCACGUGAACUGGUGGCAAACAAUAUUCCUCCCUCUACACCUUCUCCUCCAAUACAGGGCCAGAGUGUGUUGAGUUAUAGCCCAUCUCGCUCCCCCAGUACAAGCCCCAAGUUCACUAUGACGGGAUAUAGCCCUCAACUUCAAGGCCUGUCAUCGGGCAGCAGUGGUUCUUACAGCCCUGGUGGAGUGACCUACGCACCUAGCAGUAGUUAUAGUAAGAUGUCUGGUUAUAGUCCUUCCCCUGGUUGUUCUCCAUAUCCUACAACCAUUGGUCCAGCAGAGAGCUCUGGCUUGAGAUCUCGGUACCGGGCUUCACCAACUGUGUAUAACUCUCCAACUGGCAAAGAAGACUACAUGACAGAUCUCAGAACCCUGGACAAUUUUCUUCGAGGGGAAGAAGAGAAGCAACAUAGGGUUCAGCUGGGGAGUACAGAUUCUACUUCACCUUCUAGCAGUCCCACUUUCUGGAACUAUAGUCGCUCCAUGGGCGAUUAUGCACAGACGCUAAAGAAAUUUCAAUACCAGCUGGCUUGCAGGUCUCAGGCCCCAAGUGCUAACAAGGAUGAAACUGACCUUGGUUCUAAACAGGCUGCAGAAGAGGUGUGGGCAAGAGUGACUAUGAAUCGACAGCUUCUUGAACACAUGGAUUCAUGGACUGCCAAGUUUAGAAAUUGGAUCAAUGAAACAAUAUUAGUGCCACUUGUCCAAGAAAUUGAUUCUGUCAGUACACAAAUGAGAAGAAUGGGCUGCCCAGAGCUACAAAUAGGAGAAGCUAGUAUAACUAGCUUGAAACAAGCUGCCUUGGUCAAAGCCCCACUCAUUCCAACUUUGAAUACUAUAGUGCAAUAUCUAGACCUUACUCCAAACCAGGAAUACUUAUUUGAAAGGAUCAAAGAACUCUCUCAAGGUGGUUGCAUGAGCUCAUUCCGAUGGAAUAGAGGUGGGGACUUCAAAGCACGAAAAUGGGAUACAGACCUGCCCACCGAUUCUGCUAUCAUCAUGCAUGUAUUCUGCACUUACCUUGACUCUCGACUACCUCCACAUCCUAAGUAUCCUGAUGGAAAAACAUUUACUUCUCAGCACUUUGUUCAGACACCAAAUAAACCAGACAUUACAAAUGAAAACGUUUUUUGCAUCUACCAGAGCAACAUUAAUCCUCCCCAUUAUGAGCUGAUUUACCAGCGUCACGUCUACAGUCUUCCAAAGGAUAGAAAUAACAUGUUCCAUACGUUAUUGAUGUUCUUAUACAUCAUAAAGACCAAAGAGUCAGGAAUGCUUGGGAGGGUUAAUCUCGGCCUUUCAGGAGUGAACAUUUUGUGGAUUUUUGGAAAAUAGCUCGCUUAAUCUCUUUUCAUCUCCUUUAUUUUGACUGGUAAUUAAUGAAAAAAAGUGAGAAGGAAACCUAACAGUACCAGAUCUUGAACUGUGCUACAAAGCAGUAAUCCUCAAAAUAAUUUGGUACUUGUUAAACAGUAGGUUGAUCAGUGGAACACAUUUUCUGUGGCAUAAGCUACUGAAGAAGCAAAUGAGCACAGUAACCUAGUAUUUGAUAAAUCCAGUGAUCCUAGCUAUUGGGGCAGGAACUCUGUAUUCAAUAAACAUUAUUAGGAAAACCUGAAGGCAGUUUGGCAGAAACUAGGCAUAGACUAACACUUCACACCACAAACCAAAUUAAACUCCAAAAUGGAUACAUGACAAGAGCAAUGAAAAAAUUAUCUUUCAAAUUGAGUGAAUGGUGAGUUCAUAAUUGAACAAGAGAUAGAAAGGACCACAGAAGAUAAAAUGGAUGAUUUUGAUUUACAUAAAGGUUUUUUGGCAGACAAAAUCAAUGCAACUAAAAUUAGAAGAGAAGCAGGUAGUCAUUGAAUAAUCAUUAAACAUUUAUUAAGUACCUGUUAUGUGCUAGGCACUUUGCUAAACACUGAGGAUUUUUAAAAAGUAUGACUCCCUGCCUUCAAAGGAGCUCUCAAUCUAAUGGGGGGACAACAACACAUAAUGAAGCUGACAGGCUGGCCUGGGGUGGGACUGGUGGGGGAAGCAGGGCGCAGGGUGGAUGGUGGAUGGUGAUGAGGAGUUACCCAAAGUGGCGGGGGGGGGGGGGGGGGGCGGCCCAGGAAUGAAGUUCUACAGCCAGGGUGGGAAAUUACCUUAGCCAGUGUAAGUUUCAGAGUUUAUGGAUAUAAUUAAAUCUAGGAAGUCAGCAAGGUGGGAAAUGAGGUAAAUUCCCUGGUUGCUGUCACAGGUAAAUUGGGGAAUGUGUUUUUCAACAAGUUUCUGAUAUAGGUCUCAUUUCUAAGAUGUAUAGGGAACUGAUUAAGAUUUAUUAUAAGAAUAAGAGCCAUUUCACCAUGAUAAAUGGUUAAAAGAUAUCAACAGGCAGUUUUCAGAGGAAGAAAUUAUUGUAUCAAUGGCCACUUGAGAUAAUGCUCUAAAUUACUAAUAAUUAGAGAAAUGCAAAUUAAAAUAAUUCAAAUUCCAUCUUAUACCCACCAGAUUGGUUAUCUCUAAAAAUUGUCAAGUGGAGCAAUUCAGCAUUCUUCAUCUUUAUGAUAAUAGCUCACAUUUCAGGUAGUACUCUGGUUAUUAAAAUUAUUAUGGUUAUAAAAAGAGACAAAUAUAGUCUGGAUAAAAAUCCAUUGAAACUCUCUUUCUUUACAGGAGGGUUAAUUUUGGUCUCAGGAGUGAAUAUUUUGUGGAUGUUUGGAGAAAAUCUGGAGCUCAUUUAUCUCUUGAUUUUGAGCUCCUUUAAUUUGACUGGAUCAAAUAAAAAUGUCACCCUUUUUGAAGAAGAUUCCAAAAUUCCUGUUGGUGCAUAGUCUGAAAUAGGAUAUAUAACACACUCCGGACAAAAUGAAAGCUGGAGUAGUAAGAAGCUGUUUAACUCAGACAUCUGUUACAAAAAAGUCAUCGACUUUGGUUUACAUAUAUUUCAGGUCUUGUAAUAGCUAUAAAUAUUGUCCUCUAUAGUUCCUUAGAAGAAAGUGUGUCAUCCUUUUAAUAAACUAGGGUUUUGGGGGGACCCUCAGAAAUGAAACCAGUCCAUAGGAUUGCAAAACCACAUACCUAAGAUAGUUUCACAGUCUGUUUUCAGUCUUUUGAUUUGGCAUAGGUUCGUAUCUUAAAGACAGGAAAUUGUGAACUCGGUAAUUUGUCCCCAAAUUUCCCCUGUCUUAUGAAUAACCUAAAACAUAAAAGCUUAACUAUUGCUUAAAACUGAUUUAUCAGAGAUAGUACUACUAGUAAAAAGAUUUUACAGUAUUAGCUCCAAAGAAUCUGAAUUUAAGUUAAACUUGAAAUCUUGACAAUUUUAACUUCUAUGGGAUAUUGGGGAUUAGUAAGAAAGAAUUUUAUGACAUUUGGUUUUAAUUAAAAAUACCAUUGACAGUAUUGUGUUAUUUCAACAUUUCUGUCUUUUAAGAUUAAAAUGUCAGUCUGCCUGUUUUAAACUCUCCAAAAAAAUUAACUAAUGACAAGGAAAAGUACAUAUUUUGUGUUUUCUUGUUUUCAAAGAAGAGGAAGGAGGUAGACUGUAGAAAAGUGAGUGUGAUAGUGAGUGUGGCACUAGAAAGGAAACUGAGGAUUACUAGGAGCCAGCAUGGGUUUAUUAAAAAUGACCUACCAAAAUAGUAUCAUUUCCUUUUUUUGAUGAUAUUACUAAAUCUGGGGAAUGCUGCCACCAUACCUGGAUUUCUGUAAGGCAUUUGACAGUCUGUCAUGAUACAUGAUAUGGAUGCCAAUUUAGUUGGAUAGAUGAAGCUGUCUAACCAUAUCCAAAGAGUAAUCAGAUUAUUAGUUGGCCUCCUAGAGGAAGAACUCUAAUAUCAUAUACUACAAGACUCUGUCUUUAGCUCUGUUUUUAUCAGUGAACUCAAUAAAGGAAUAAAUGGUAUGUUCACAAGAUAGAGCUGGUAAGCUGGCUAGUAUAUUUGGUAAUAGAAUCCUCCAGUCUCACUUGGUAAAAUGAUGGGCUAGAUCAAGCUCAAUAUGAUUUGUAUUGAGAAUGGCAGCUUAAAAAGCUCGUGUGAUUUUAGGGUGUAUUUUCACUUUUGUGUAAGGCUCUAAAGUUUACAAAGCAUUUUGUUUACAGCAGCCCUGGGAAGCACAUUAAUGCAACUGGUAUCUCAGUUUUAUAGAAAAGGUACCAGAAAGCUUAGGUAACCUGACUGUAGUCGCAGUGCUCAUCAGAGCCAGAGACUAGAUUUGCCCUCUUACUCCAAGUCCGCUGCUCCUUCCACUGUACUAUAUUUCCUCUCUAGUUAGCCUUCAGUGUCCAAAAAAGAGACAGUGAUUGUUCUACUUUUACUCAGCAUUGAUCAGAUUAAACCUGAUGUGUUUGGUUCCGGGCACCACAAACAAACCUAUUUUUACUAUCGAUACAGAAACUGUUGUUUGUUUUAGGUUAAGAACAUUGGCUGUGAUGUCUUGGGGAAAAAAUGCGAACUGGAAGGUGUUAAAACAUGUUAAAAUUUGUCAAAUCUGACAGUAGGUGGUAAUUGAAAUAUCAUUGUAAAACAGUUGAUGGGAAAAUGUAUAUAAUUUGUUUUAAAAUGUUUAAAACCAGAAUACUAAUGAUCAAGCAUUUCCUUUUCAUUUAUGCCUUCUACCUAGGACUUUCAAAACAUUAAACCCGGGAUAUAUUUUGUUUAUAUUGACAGCGACAUUCUGUCUUUGUCAAGUGUUUGCAAUAAACAUAAAAUGUAAAAAA